UUUCACGCCAUGGACAUGCAUGCCGCCUCACAACCCAACUCAUCGCCGACGCCACAGCGCGCACAAUGCAUACAGCGUCCUCUGUCCUGUCGUCGCACGACCUAGUCCUCUCUAUCUGUCAGUUCCAGCCCGGCGUCUUCUUCCUGGACUCCCCCAUCACCCAACUCACACAUGUCGCCCCAGACCUCCGUGCCGUGCCUGCUGUCGCCGACUUCUUUCAACAUGCCUUUCACGACAAAAUUGAACGGUGGCUUGGGAUUCACGGCGUCCCAGGCGUCACGCGCCUGCUUUCUACCACGUCCGCGACCCCUCGACUUGUCAUCGUUGCGUACGCGGCGUGGGUUGGGAGUCUGCCACUGUUGCGCUUCCUGCUCGCCAAAUUGUCGACGUCGAUGAUCUCGUCACCCCAAAAUUCAACCACACUGCUCGACCUGGCAGCCACGCAAGGACACAUGCAUGUUGUGACGUUUCUUCACGCCAGACCCGGACAACGCGCGUCCACCGCGGCCAUGAACGGCGCGGCGGCAAAUGGCCAUCUGGACGUCAUCCAAUUCCUCCACACUCAUCGCUCGGAAGGUUGUACGACCGAAGCGAUGGACGGAGCAUCCGAAAGGGGACAUCUAGAAGUCAUUGAAUGGCUCAGUCGCGUGCGGGAGGCAAGGUGCACGGUUCGCGCGUUGGAUGCUGCGGCCACGGGAGGCCACCUCGACGUGGUCCGGUUUCUGGUGACCGAAUUUGGUGUCCUGUGUAGUGUUAGUGCGCUUUUGGCAGCUGCGUGCGCCGGCCACGAUGGGGUCGUGCGACUGCUGUGGUCGCAUCUGCUGGACAAAGAGUCGGCUCGACACACAGUGUUGGUCCAAGCCCGGUUGGCAGGCCACGAGCAGCACGUGACUCAAUUGCUAGCCGCAAUGUAAUAAAUGAGUGUAAUAUAGUGUAUGUUAACCAAGUGCAA